AUAAAAUUAGGGAAUGAAUUUUCUCUUUAUAAACAAAGCCCCCCUCGUUUGCUUCUUUCAUUCAUCUAGUUGUUAUCUCCACAGAAAAAAAAAUGAGCAACCUUAUUAGUUCUCUCGAACUCUCAUCUCUUACACUCGAAGACCCAUGGCCUGCUUUCUAGCCUAAUUUUCUUCGAGAAUCUUUUUUUUUUUAAUUCUGAACCCUUCUUGGUUUCUUCAUCAUCUUUCUAAAACGUUUUCUAAAAAUCAUGGGGACUGGAGAAAAAACUCUGAAAAGCUUCCAUUUACAUCGCAAACAAACGGCCAAAAUCAAAGAUGUUCCAAAAGGAUGCUUAGCGAUCAAAGUUGGAUCACAAGGAGAAGAGCAACAAAGAUUUAUAGUUCCUAUUUUGUAUUUUAAUCAUCCGUUGUUCAUGCAGCUCUUGAAAGAAGCAGAAGAUGAGUAUGGAUUCGAUCAAAAGGGCACCAUCACGAUCCCUUGCCACGUGGCUGAGUUUCGUUACGUUCAAGCUUUGAUUGAUGGAGAGAGAAUUGUUUAUCAUGGUAACAAUAACCAUCUUCAUAGACAUAGCGGUCGUGACCAGUAUCAUCCUCUUGUUGGAUGUUUCAGAACGUGAUGAAUGAUGAGGACGAGGAGGAUGAAUGAAUGCUUGUAUGCGCUAAGUUUUCAAUCCAUGAGGAGUUGAGGAGCCAAAACUGGCCUAACCCAAGAAUAAAAUGAUUUUUCUGUUUUCUCUUUGAUGAUUUUAGUAUUUUCUGUAAUUUGUAUGGAAUUUCAAGUUAAAAGAAAGUUAUUUUCUGA